AUGACAAUAGCCCUUGCACAUGGAACACAGGGCAACGAUACGGCCACAAAGACCACCGCCAACAACAGCAGCCACAACAACAACCAAGCCAAGCAGCUGCCCAGCUGCUAUAUGAGCACUCGAUCCGCGGCAAUGAUGGCUCUAGCGCUGGGCCAACAGUCCGGCGAAAAGGCACCUGCAGGCAGUGCAGCUGCUGCCAAGCAAUCCACGGCCAGUUCCAGUUCCAAUGCCUCGCCACGCCCUAACAGUCGAGCUGUGUCUACAACGCGUCCUGCUGGGCGAACCACGCCCACAACUGCACCAAUGUCCACUGCGAAUACUGCUCAAUCCAACUUCACGUCCCCGAACACGUCCAGGUCCACGUCGAAGCCCUCAACACCCACAGCGGUGCGUGCUGCUGCCCAGCUGAAUGGCAUAGGCAUUCUCUCGGGCGGCAGCAAUUCGAGCGGCUCAGACAACGACGGCUUCAGCACUUCGGGCUCCUCGACGGCAACGGCUCUACGUCGACUGUACUUCAAGAGCGGCCGCAGCAUCAAAAACAAGAUCAAUUCAUCCACCUCCUCCACACCGCUCAACAGCAUGCCCAUGAAUGCCGUCUCCAGCGCCUACCACAACUCGGUGAGCGGUGCAACGGCUAUGCAUGCCAUGGGCGUCUCUGGAGUGCCCAAGCUAGUGGUCAUGGGCACCUCGUCGGCCUCCAUACCAGAUACGAACAUCAACACGUCCACAGACUCCGCCUGCACACUCAUCACGAAUGUUACGCACACCGAUACCUCGGAGACUUGCGAUUCCCUGGACCUGGGCGACAAUUCCGGCCCCAGCGAGCCGUUAUUCAGCUCACUGGAGGAGCCUCUGCUGACGGCCAUCCAAAUCGAUUCGGAGCAUGAGACAGGCGGCACUGAAUUGGAACUAACGAGCUGCUCUCGCUAUCCCCCGCGACCCGACAUGAAUCUACAGGACAGCACUGAGCCCAGCACGGCGCCACCGCCCACACGUGGACGUGAGCACUUCACCUUCGAUCCGCCACAAUCACCAAAGUCAGCGCGCACCAGCGAGAAGGCGCGCAGUCACUUCACUUUCAAGGAGGAGGCACAGCAGGCGCGCAGGCCAAGCAACUCCUACUACGCGGGUGGUGCAGCCACCGCAGAGGCUGCUGAUGCGCACGACGAGCGCGGUGCGGUUAAUCGCAACAAGAAAUUGCGCGCCAGGGAGCGCGAUGCAAUGACUGCCAAUGCCAAUGCCAAUGGUGGCGGCGGUAGCACACGUAAUCGCAUCUCGCCCAGCGUUUCGCCCUCAUCCAGCAACCGCACGAGUCCCAAGCGCGAACGCAAACGCACCACGCCCUCUCAGCAGCAGCAGCAGCAACUGUCGCCCUCUUCCCUAGCUGCUGCACAGCAGCGCAAGUAUUCGUCUAGCUCAUCCAGCGGCAGCAGCGAGCGCUGCCUGCGCGAUGCAGCCGCUGGCGGCACCAUGUUCCCAUUUGAUCGGGAGGCGCUCGACUAUGAGCGCAUCCAGCGGGAAUGCUUUGCGCCCAGCUCGGCAACGGCCAGCACGAGCAGCGAUUCGGACGAGGCGGAGAAUUGUUCCGUUUAUGAGCGUAAGCUGAGCGCGGACAUCUUUCAGCAGUACUCGCGGCUCUCACAACAGGAGCAGCAGCAGCAGCAUCAGCUCAGCCAUGAACGGGAGCGGGAGCGGGAACGGGAACGGGAGCGGCCACCCUCUCGCAAGAACUCCAAGCGCAUUCGACCCGAUUCCGUAAUACACACAACCAUACGGGAGAAUCAACAAUAUGUGCCACAAUCGGACGCUUUCUAUCCCCAGGCCAAGUCCUCCUCCUCGCCCAGUGAUCACUCCUACGCCGAGCUGAACAAGUUCGAUGACAUUGCCAGCAAGUUCGAGCAGAUACCACCCAAGCAUGGCUCCAACUCGACGCUCAACCUGCAGGUGCUGCACAUGCACAGCCCGGGCAGCGAAUCCUUGGCCUCCGCAUCGCUCAGUCCCACAGAUACCACGCGCAAGCGCUCCUUCAAGAGCAAGUCCAAGUCGAAGACGCAGUCACAGUCGCAGGUGCAGGCACUGGAGGAGCACCCGGGUUCGGGUGCUGGCGCCAUCAACGUGACAGCCAAUCCCUUAGAGGCAGCCGCUGUCUGCAAGCAGCCGCGUGCCACAAUCGUUGUCCAACAACUCAUAAAAAGCCUCGCACCGCUGGUGGAUCGACUCAUUCAUAUGUUUACGAUCCGCUAG